UGGUCCCACGUGGGUGCUGAGGUUCGACCGUCCUGUCCUGUGCGCGCGCAGACGUCGAGCGACCAAACGAGGUUGAGUCCAUUUAACAGCAGCACAAGUUUCUCCGGGACCUGUGGACUCCAGGGAGCUGCAGCUACUUCACCUACAGUAUCUUCGUCUACGUGACCCUGCUGUUCUCAUGGCUGUAGUUCGGUUCUACAGUAAUGAAGCUGUGCAGGGCCGGGCCUUGCAGAGAGCAGCUAAGCUCUACCCUCAGCUGUCAAUCAUCACAGAACUGUGCUACAAUGUGGAGCUGACAGGAUGUGAGAGUCUCAGUGAGGAGCAGAGGGAGGUCCUGCUCUGGUUGUUUCGCCCUCCCCUGCAGGCAGAGCCACUGUCUGAGACACCAGCGCUCACGCAGGGCAGCGGAGAGACACUGGUGGAGAUUGGACCCAGGUUGAACUUCUCCACUGCUUGGUCCACUAAUGCUGUGUCCAUCUGUCAGAGUGCCGGACUGUCUAACGUCACAAGGGUGGAGCUGUCUCGCAGAUUUUUAAUCAAGCCCCAAAAUGGAGAGAGCAUUAAUGAUGAGGAUGUAAAAAGGCUCAUUACGCUCCUGUAUGAUGGUAUGACCGAGUGUAUCUAUCAACAUCCCAUCACCUCCUUCACCGUGGAAACCAAACCACAGCCAGUGUUUGAGGUGGACAUUCUGGGGAAGGGUCGCGCAGCCUUGGAGGCAGCAAAUGAUGAGCUGGGUCUUGCCUUUGACACCUGGGAUCUGGACUAUUACACAUCGAUGUUUCAGAGGAUUAAAAGAAACCCCACUAGUGUGGAGUGUUUUGACUUGGCCCAGUCCAACAGUGAACACAGUCGUCACUGGUUCUUCCGGGGGCGGAUGGUUAUCGACGGGCAGAAGCAGGAGGAGACUCUUUUCAGUCUCAUAAUGGACACCCAGCGGCACAGCAACCAGAACAACGUCAUCAAGUUCUGUGACAACAGCAGUGGUAUCAGAGGAACAGCACUAGACUGUGUCUACCCAAAAGAUCCAUCGCAAGCCAGCCCGUAUAAAACGCGGCGCUCACUGCGUCACAUCAUCUUCACUGCAGAGACGCACAACUUCCCAACUGGCGUGGCGCCAUUUAGCGGAGCCACCACAGGUACAGGAGGUCGCAUCAGAGAUGUCCAGAGUGCUGGACGGGGGGGCCAUGUCAUUGCUGGCACUGCAGGAUACUGCUUCGGCAACCUGCACAUACCAGGCUAUGUCCUACCCUGGGAGGCUGAAGGAGAGGGGUGGGAGUAUCCCUCAAGCUUUGCCCCCCCCCUCCAGGUGGCCAUCGAGGCCAGUGAUGGUGCAUCAGACUACGGCAACAAGUUUGGAGAACCUGUCCUGUCAGGUUUCGCUCGUUCCUUCGGCGUGCGGCUGACCAACGGCGAGCGGCGGGAGUGGAUCAAGCCGAUUAUGUUUAGCGGUGGUCUCGGUUCUAUUGAAGACUCUUACGUGAACAAAGAAGAGCCAGAGACUGGAAUGGAGGUGGUGAAGAUCGGAGGGCCAGUGUACAGGAUUGGCGUGGGAGGAGGAGCAGCUUCUUCUGUACAAGUCCAGGGAGACAACUCCAAUGACCGUGAUCUGGGUGCGGUGCAGAGAGGAGAUGCUGAAAUGGAGCAGAAGAUGAAUCGUGCUCUUCGGGCGUGUCUGGAAAGAAGCAGCGGGAAUCCGAUCUGCAGUAUACACGAUCAGGGUGCAGGAGGAAACGGUAAUGUGCUGAAGGAGCUCAGUGAGCCAGCGGGAGCUGUUAUUUACUGCAGCAAAUUUAAGAAAGGUGACCCCACCUUGAGUGUGCUGGAGCUCUGGGGGGCAGAGUACCAGGAGAGCAAUGCCCUGCUGCUCCGCCCAGCGGACAGGUCUUUCCUGGAGAGGGUGUGUCGGAGAGAGAAGUGCCCCGUUGACUUUGUGGGGAACAUCAGUGGAGAUGGCAAGAUUGUGCUGGUGGAUGAUGAUGGACACGGAGGCAGCAGAGACCUGGCAGACAGAGGGCGCUGUCCUGUUGACCUGCAGUUGGAGUGGGUUCUGGGGAAGAUGCCACAGAAGGAGUUUAGGAUGGAGCGCCUGGCCCAGACCCUCCAGCCCCUGGCUCUGCCUGCUGGCCUGACGGUCCAAGACGCCCUGGACCGCGUUUUGCGUUUGCCUGCUGUGGCGUCCAAACGCUACCUCACCAACAAGGUGGACCGGUCUGUGACUGGGUUGGUUGCCCAGCAACAGUGCGUCGGCCCCCUUCACACCCCAUUGGCCGACGUGGCUGUUGUUGCUCUGUCACCGUUUAGCCUGGAGGGAGCUGCAACGGCCAUAGGGGAGCAGCCAAUUAAAGGCCUGGUGUGUCCUGCAGCCGGUGCUCGCAUGGCUGUGGGAGAAGCUCUCACUAAUUUGGUGUUUGCUAGAGUCACAGCACUGAAGGAUGUCAAGUGCAGCGGUAACUGGAUGUGGGCUGCUAAGCUUCCCGGUGAGGGAGCGUGUUUGUGGGAGGCCUGCAAAGCCAUGUGCGAGGUCAUGGGUCAGCUGGGGGUGGCCAUCGAUGGGGGCAAGGACUCUCUGAGUAUGGCUGCUAGGGUGGAAAAGGAGACGGUCAAAGCUCCAGGUGCUCUGGUUAUCUCGGCAUAUGCAGCCUGCCCUGACAUCACAGCCACUGUGACGCCUGAUCUUAAGGAUCCAGAUGACAAAGGCAUGUUGUUGUGGGUUGCUCUGAGUCCAGGCCAUCAUCGUCUGGGAGGCUCUGCUCUGGCUCAGUGCUACAGCCAACUGGGAGACAGCUCCCCUGACCUGGACCAGCCAGAACUAUUGACAGCCUGCUUCAACACCACGCAGAUGCUCCUCCAAGAACGUCUGCUGAGUGCAGGACAUGACAUCAGUGAUGGAGGCCUCAUUUCCUGUUUGCUGGAGAUGGCGUUUGCAGGCAACCGUGGUAUUGACAUUGAGUUGUCAGGAGAAGGUGGAGUAAUGGAUCUGUUGUUCAGCGAGGAGCUUGGUUUAGUUCUGGAGGUGUCGGCGUGUCACGUGGAAACAGUGUGUCAGAGAUACAGCAGUGCAGGUGUACAGUGCCUUCGUAUCGGCAGAACCCGUGGCUUCGGACCGGAAGCUACGGUCAGAGUCUGUGUGGAUGGACAGGAAGUGUUGAGAGGGCAGCUUCCGAACCUUCGGGCCAUCUGGGAGGAAACCAGUUUUCAGCUGGAGCGCCUUCAAGCUAAUGAGCUCUGUGUUAAACAGGAAGAAGAGGGGCUGGCCAGGAGAACUCAGCCCUACUUUAAGCUGACCUUUGACCCCUCUGAGACGCCCAGCAUCAAUGGACUCUCUGCAGGCCAGCCUCGGGUGGCGGUCAUCAGAGAAGAAGGCAGCAACGGAGACAGAGAGAUGUCCGCGUCUCUGUUCAUGGCAGGCUUCGAGGUAUGGGACGUCACAAUGCAGGAUCUGUGCUGUGGCUCUCUGACCCUGGAACCUUUUAAAGCUGUUGUGUUUGUUGGUGGCUUCAGCUAUGCAGACGUUCUGGGAUCAGCUAAAGGUUGGGCCGCUACUGUUGCAUACAAUCCGAAGGCCAAGGCUGAAUUUGAUCGUUUCCGGCAGCGAGACGACACACUAAGUCUGGGUGUGUGUAAUGGCUGCCAGCUGCUUGCUCUGCUGGGCUGGGUGGGAGAGUGCACGGCUGGAGCAGAGUCUGAAGUGGUGCUGACACACAAUAGGUCUGGCAGAUUUGAGUCUCGAUUUGUCACCGUUGGGAUCCAGGAGUCCCCGUCCACCUGGCUCAGAGGCAUGGAGGGCUCCGCUCUGGGAGUGUGGGUCGCACAUGGAGAAGGUCUGAUGCAAUUCAGCAGCUCAGAAGCCAGGGACCAAAUAGUGUCUGGUGGACUUGCCCCCCUUCGUUACCUUGACGACCACGGUCAUCCCACAGAAGAGUACCCUCUGAACCCUAACGGCUCCCCACAGGGCAUCGCUGGCCUGUGCUCCAGGGAUGGCCGACACCUGGCAAUGAUGCCCCACCCAGAGCGGUGCACCCUGGGUUGGCAGUGGCCCUGGGCCCCGAGGGACUUCACGCCUUCCCUCACACCGUCACCGUGGCUGCGCAUGUUCAAGAACGCGGCUGCCUGGUGCCACAACACACAAUGACGCAUCUGUGGUCAAAUUGUUGAUACUAUCAAAAUAGUAUUACUGUCUUUGUUGACUUCUGUGGACUGAAACAAUGCAUACUUCACUUUUUUACUUGUCCUGGUACUUUGUUACUGUAGGUUUUGUAGAUUGUGAUUGCUGUAUCACACCAGCCAGCCUUAUUACGGUUUAACUGCUCAAACUGAAGAUGUUAAAUAAAUAAACUAAGUGAACGUGA